AUGGUUGCUAUUGAACUUCCCCACGAAUACGGCUACGUCUUGACCACUUUUGCCGCCAGCGCUUUCUACUUGUUCACUCUCGGCGCCCAAACCGGCAAGUACCGACGAGCUGCCGGUGUGCCUUACCCAUAUGCUUAUGCUGAUAAGGCCGAGGCUGAGAACGAUCCUAAGAAGAACCUCUUCAACUGUGCUCAACGUGUCCACCAGAACACCUUGGAGAUGUACCCUAUCUACUCUACCUUUUUGUUGAUCGGUGGUAUCAAGUACCCCGUUUAUGCAUCCGUUGCAGGUGCCGUUUUCCUUGUGGGUCGCUUCUUCUUCUCCUCCGGCUACUUGACCGGUAACCCCAGCAAGCGUAUGCGUGGUGUGUUCAGCUAUGUCGCUUUGCUUGGUCUUCUCGGCAUGUCUGUCAGUACCCUUUACACCAUGCUUAGCCACUAA